CCAGGCCAGGGAACAAGGAAAGAACCUGAGCACUUGGGUGACCUCAUAUUGAGCGGCAACCGGAUUUGACCUGUAGGCCUAGGCCUGGGCUCAGUUCCGUUUCGCCUCGUUUUCAACCGAACAGUCUAUUUUUUGUCCUCUCUGCCCCCUGCUUGACUGCUUGGCCUGAAGUUGCAUCAGAUUCAGAUUGCCGCCAGCUAGCUUGACGACAGAAGCGGUGCCGAAGAGUGUCGUGGAGGAAUAGUUGACUUUCGCGACGCUGAAGAGAACAUUUUACAUCGAGAAAAAUGACACAUCCAGCAGAGGAUCUGCCAAAGGAAGGUGCAGAAAAUGAGAAGUCCCGGCUUGAUGAGGAAUUGACGGCAAACACAACUGCUGUCGAUUUAGACGUUGACCCCGAUGAUUCCAAAGCUCACCUUAUCAACGCGAAUGGUGGAGCAGGCUCGGAUCAUGUGGACGUCAAAAUUAUCGACGGGACGGCUGCUUCAUCCGAAGGGGAAGUCUCAUUUAAUGGACUAGGAAAAGAUGAAGUGAUGAAAUAUGCCGACGAGCCAUUCUGGAGACGGCUGAGAUGGAUCCUUUUCAUUUUGUUCUGGGUUGGGUGGCUUGCCAUGCUUGUGACCGCUGUUGUCAUUAUCGCUGUCGCUCCGCGUUGUCCACCCCGCCCCGAUCUGAAAUGGUACCAGACUGAGACAGUUUACCAGGUUCUUCCCGAAUCUUUCAAAGAUUCCAACGAUGAUGGAAUUGGUGACUUCGAUGGACUGGACCCCAAGGUGGAUGAUUAUAUUGCGGAUGAUCUGGAUAUCAAGGUUGUGUGGCUAAGCAACAUCUAUGAGACAGACAGUCUUGCCUCUGAACUCGGAAUCCUUGAUCACGAGGCCACCAGCGCCUCUUUUGGUACCACACCCGACAAGAUGAGAAGCUGGAUGAAGAGUCUAAGGAAAGAAGGCAAGAAAGUCAUCUUGGACCUUGUGCCCAACCAGUCAAGCAAGAAUCAUACCUGGUUCCAGAAAUCGCGGAAUGGUGACGAGAAGUUCAAGGAUUUCUAUGUUUGGAAGGCGACCACCGAUGGAAAUCCACCAAACAACUGGAAAACCCUUGACGGAGAUCCGGCCUGGACAUACGAUGAUGUUAGAAAAGCUUAUUACUUCCAUCAGUUUGGCACUGAUUACCCUGACCUCAACCUGGCCAAUGAAGAUGUUGUUGAGGAGAUCAAGGACAUCAUGAAGUUCUGGUUUGACAAGGGCGUGAGUGGCUUCCACAUCAAAGAUGUGGAAUAUCUUGUUGAGAAUCCUGAUUUACCUGAUGACGACGCAGAUCGAAGCCAGACCGUCAACUACAAGGGUACCUUCGAGUUCCUCGAAAAGCUUCGUGAGGUGGCUAAUCAGUACUCCGAUAAACCUGGACGUGAGAGAGUUUUGUUCGCCACUGUGUACAAAGCCAACAAGAACCAGACAAUGUCCUACUGGGGAACUGAGGACAAGAAGAGGCUGCACAUUGUUCUGCCACUGAUGGACAAGUUUGAUGAGAAAUGCAAUGCCAACUGUGUCUACGACAUAGUCAAUAGCCAGCUCACAGAUGAUACAGACCAGUGGCUCGGCCUUGCUCUGGGCAACCAGUACACAUCACGCAUUGCCAGUCGUAUUGGAGCAAAGACAGUCAACCUGCACGCUGCACAUGCUCUUGAGCUGCUCUUGCCCGGAAGCGCCUUCAACUACUAUGGUGAUGAAUUUGGCCAACUAAAUGGCAAGGUUCCAGCUGCUGACCGACUGGCUUUCAAUGAUGACUACCGUACUCCCAUGCAAUGGAAUAGUGGGCCAAACGCUGGCUUCACCUCAGAAGGUGUGAAACCCUGGCUGCCUAUUGGAGCUGACUAUGUGAACAAUAACCGCAAGGCUGGGGAUGCUCACUUUACAGAUGGAACAACUCCUCUCCAAGCAUUUAAGGAGCUGGUGAAGCUCAGGGGAGAAGAGUCUUUCCAGUGGGGUAAAACUAAGCUGUGUUCCCCCAAUGACAACAUCUUCAUGUUCACUCGCAAAGCUACACGCUUCCCAUACUUCCUGGUCAUGAUGAACUUGGGUAACCAGACCAUGUACGAGUCCCUAGAAACCCAGAAAUGUGUGGAGAGCAAAGAAGAGGGUGUCGUCAGCUUCCAUUCACGAGAUGAAGACCAAGUUGGCUUAACUUUGAAUUUCCACGACAACCCGGCUCGUUUGGCACCAGGGGACGUUGUGGUCAUUGAAUUUACAGCAGACGACUAGAUUCUUAGUACCAUGAUAAUAAUGAACUCUGCGUGGAAUAGAUUUUUAUUUAUGAGUGCGUCUUUUCUCUCAAUCUCAAGUCCUUUUACCUUGAUUUCUAAGUAGUAAUGUAUAUGACACUUCUAUUGAAGUAAGAAAAGUGGCAAAUAGCGGUUAUCACAUCCUUGGACUUAACAGAUUUCUAAAUCUCAUCAGCCUGAAAAAUGUGCUUGAUUUAAUGCAGAACUUACCUUGCACGUUUUCCUGAAAUCGCAUUUUGAACCAGUAUAAGUGGUGAUGUUAUAUGACUUGUUGUUAGUAGCCCAUGGACCUUCUUGAACUUUAUAAAAGAGAUCGUCUCAUAGUGGUGCUGGAAUGUAUACUGAUGGGCUGUUCUUACAAAAGACACCUUUUGUCACUUGAAUUGAUAACACUUCCUGGUUCUGGCAUUGGUUACUCUGCAUUUUUGUCAUCUCGGCAAAUGAAAAAAAAUUCCUCAUUUUCGUACAGGUGAUGGGGGAAUCUAUGCUGUGUCCAUUUCCCAAGCAAAACGAAUGGUAUCAUACUUGACAUGUUUAUUAUAUUAUUUCAAGUAGGCCUACUUCUUCAAUAGAUCUUCAAAAGUGUUCACUUGCAUUAUUGUUUACCAACUUUAGCCUGGCCUAUGCUGUUAUUAGACCAAACGUGCUAGUAAAAUUUAACAGAAAUCAGAAGACUUUUCUCAUUCAGUAAGAAUUAGCAAUGGGUUGUUUUAUCGUGGGUGAAAAAUAAACUGUGGAAGAAAG